UCCGUGCCGCCGCUCCCGCGGACCCCGUGAGGGCCCCGUCCCGCCUCGGCAGGCGGGAGCGCGGGCAGCGCUCGGUCCCGCUCGGCGCGGAGCAGCCAUGGGCUCGGCGGCGCAGCUCCCGCCGCCAGCGCCGCUCGGCGAAUGCGAGCGGGAAGCGGGGGCGGCGGCCGCCCGGCACCGGCGGCGCCCGGAGGAGCAGGUCCACCAAGAGCAAAGGAACCACACCAGGGAACCUGUGAUAGACGACUACAAAAAGAUGGGGACUCUCUUUGGAGAACUAAACAAAAGCCUUAUCAGAAUAGGCUUCACAAGGAUGUACUUUGGAGAACGGAUAGUGGAACCUGUGAUAAUUAUAUUCUUCUGGGUUAUGCUCUGGUUUCUUGGCCUACAAGCUCUUGGACUAGUGGCUGUUCUGUGCCUUGUUAUUAUUUAUGUACAACAGUAAAAUUUUAGAUACUA